AUGGCGUUCAAGAUGGCGGCUGGAAAGGCGGAUUUUCAACGAAAACAUAACGAUGCCGGUACAAAUGGCUCCUUCCGACCAUUAAAAGAAGGCAUAGUGAAUCCAGUCGUACAACGGGAAGUGACGUCAAAUCACGCGGCACCUGAAAGACUUUCUCCGAUUGGUUGUGAAAGUAAGAAUUCCGUUAAAAAGGCACCAUCAAUACCAAAUCGAGAAUCUGCUGUUCAGUCGAUCAAACGGACAGCCUAUCUGUCCGACUCGAUUAAUUCGCCAAGGUCUGUUAAAAAGGCAAUUUCCGGUGACGAUUUGGAAAAUAUUAUAUCAGAACGUAAUAACCAGUUAUCUGCAGUGCAGUCAAUCAAGAGGACCAGUAACCUUUCGGAGACCUUUGACUCGCCAAGAUCUGUUCCUUUUCAGAAAAACAACAACAGCAACGAAGACAACACCAAUAACAACGUGACAACACAGCAACAAUCUGCAUUGGAAUCAAUUAAAAGGACAACUUUUAUUUCCGAUUCCGUGGACUCACCGAGAUCUGUAUCAAAACUUUCUUUUCAUAUGUAA